AUGGGGCUGUUUGCUCAACAGCCUGCACCCCCGAGCUGGGCACGCUGGCCGCAACACCACCCGAAUACCGACUAUGCCAUGAUGGAGAGCGGGAUGGUGCCCUACGACUCACGGCCGGUCACAUCUGGACCUCUGCACCGCCCAAUGGUGGCCCCUCAGUUCUUCACAAGCACCUCCUACAGUCCGGGUCCCAUGACCACCAUGGCCCCAUCUAACUAUCAACCACAGCUGCCAUUUACCACAUACGGCUCAUACCCCUCUUCUCUUACCACGACGGUCUCUCCAUUCAAGGAACGGCCGCAGCCGCCUCUUGUGCCCAUGGUUAAGCCAGAUGUCAUAGCAUCUUACGUCGAUGGGAGCCCUAGCCCCUCAGUGAAGAGCGAGGCCCAGCUGUCUUCGACUAGGUCAGUGGCUUCAAGUCACUCGACAGCCCCUCGGACCAUCACGACGAAUGUGUCCGUGAAUGGGACGAAUCAAAUCGAGUUCAACACGAGUGUCGACGCACUCAUGAAGGCCAUCCAGUCCAAGGACGAGACCGACACCAUUGUUAAGAAGGUCGAUAUUGGACAAAAGCAGGCCCCUAAAUCUCCCGACCAGCAACCGCCACCACCGGAUAGCAGACCGAAUCGCAAACGGUACCAGUGCGACAUCCCUGGUUGCACCAAGGCUUUCUACCAGAAGACCCAUCUUGAUAUACACCGUAGGGCCCAUACCGGGGAUAAGCCUUAUAUCUGCAAACUCCCUGGCUGCGGUCAGCGGUUCUCUCAACUUGGGAACUUGAGGACACAUGAGCGCCGCCAUACUGGCGAGCGGCCGUAUGUUUGCGACCAGUGCGGCAAACGCUUCGCCCAGCGGGGAAACGUUAGAGCGCAUCUGAGAACACAUUUGGAGGCGAAGCCUUUCCAGUGCAAGUUGGACGGCUGCAACAAGAACUUUACCCAACUGGGUAAUCUCAAGGUAGACUCUCCCGAUCGUUCUCUCGUCUGCCAAGGGCGCACAGCUAAAAGGGUCUUGCCCUCGCAGUCCCAUCAGAAUAAGUUUCACAAGGAGACGCUGAAGGCCCUGACGGACAAGUUCGCCUCUAUCAGGGACUACGACAGUGUCUGCAAGGCCGACAGGGAGCUGUGGGAGUAUUUCGCGACUCUCUACAAGAACAGCAACAAAGGGAUCAAGGGCCGCGGGAAGGACCGAAGAGUCGGAGCCGUCACACAGGCAUCCCCCAUCAGACUGGGAGCAAUGAUUCCAUCCCACUUUCCGAUGCUACAUCAACCGGCUGCGCACCAGCGCCACCACUACAAUAACCACCACCACCACCACCACCACCAAGCGACACAACAUCUGCAUCAUCCGCUUCCCCACCCUGGCCUGAGCCACCCGGCCGCGUACAGCAUUAGCCGACCCAGCAUUCUGGUCAACGUCGGCCGUGACACCCACGGCGGCUACGAGAUGUUCGGCGUCGAGGAUGGCGUCAGCAGCGGCAGUGGGCCAUCGGCGUCGAACGAUGCCGUCUACGAGGACGACCAUGGCCGAGAGCUCGCCUUUGGCGAUCGGAUAUACUAG